AUGGCAGGAGAAAACGAUGAUAAUGGAGAUAGUGAGCUACAAUUAGCGAUUAAGUUAAGCAUAGAAACGCACGAAGAGGAGCUCCGACGACGUAAAUGCGACGAAGACUUGAUAAAUUUGGAGGACAUAGAGGUUAAGAAGAUGCAGGAAAAAAUCCAGUCAAUCACUAGCCUAUUUCCAAAUAACCGAGGAUGCAUCCCGUCCUCUUCGCAUACUUUCCAAUGGUCUUCUUUUACUGGCUUGCCACCUAGUCAAGCUCAUUUUCUAAAUCAAACUACUAAUAUUCGUCCCGGUGCCGUUUUUGAUGGAGAUAGUAAAGCGCAAAAUGGAAAUAUUCUGGGCAAAUCCUUAACUCUUGGGGCUUUUCCUCGAUGUGACACUUCUUCACCAACUUAUCGAAACAGAUGCUCGUUAGGGACAGAUAUUUAUAUGAGACUGUGGUCUUCACGCUCUUCUGAUAUUUUAUUAGCAGCUUGCUUUUCGUUAUUUUUGAGGACGGUGCCCUGUUGCAGGAAUGCACAAGAGCAUUCAGUAUAUCAAAGCGCUGAAAGUUCAUGCGCAUCGUUUUUUGUACCUUUCCAACCUCUUUCAACGAGAUUUAUCAACGGAGAUUUAAUUGAUUUAGGUGCUGAUUCGACAGCAACUAAAAAUUCUUCCUUAAAAUACGAGGACAUUCAAAAAGAGUUUGACCCGUUGUGCUUUUUGAAGCACGACGAUUCUCUAGAGCCAUCCACAAGUGGAAUAAAUCUUUCAAGAAGCGCUUCGUUAUUAGAAAACACAGAAAGCAUAGAGCCAACUGCUUCGUCAUUUGAACGUUCACAAUCUGUGAGAACAACAAAUUUGGAAAAUCCUGUUGUAAAUAAGCCAGGUCGGCCGCCUCCCCCAAAGCCCCCGAGGUUGAGAAAAUCUAGCGGUAGGAGCGAGUUUGCAGAUCCUAGUAACAGACGUUCUUGCCCUUCCGGAAAUCAAACUGUAACGAUUGAGAGCCUUGGCUUAGAAACCCGUGUCUGUGAACUGGAAAAAGAGAUUAUGUCUCUAAAACGCAGUGGGCCGUUGAAGCAGUCGUCUCUGGCUCAGCGAUUUAUAUCUCCAAUUGUAGAUUACCUUAUUACGAAUUUUAAAGUAACUAGCGUUAAAGUGAUUGUGGAAAAAGAUUUCAGUUGGCCUCCAAGUCUCAGUGGGUCUGAGGACAGAAUGACUUUUACUUGUGAAACUGCAAGCACCAUUGAAGAGAUUUUAGCAAAUGUGCUCAACACUUUUCUGGAUCCAAGACAGAUAGAGAAGUAUAAUGGCUGUUUGCCUCUUGAGGAAUAUGGUUUAAAGAUAUAUGGCUUGGACGAAUUUCUUCUAAACACUUCGAAGUUAGGGGAAAACCCUUUUGUUGGUGAAGCACUGGCGUUUGGAAGGGAUAUACGCUUAGAGGUGGGGAAAUUAAGUGGUUGUUCUAUGUAUAGACCUGUUGGAGAGCUCGAAAUAUCGAAUAUAAAUAAAGAUAUGCUCACCAAAUCUUACUCAGAUUCCACAAGAAAGCCGUAUUUUGCCGUGCUUGAUAUCAGCAGUGUAGAGUCGGUGGUUGACACUCUGAAGAAGGAAGUUACUAACUGCAGAGAAAACUGUUUUAAGGAAGAUGCCUCGAGUUAUCGCAACAGAGUUCUUCAAACCGUCAAACUUUUAUGUACAGUUUUGGGUAACAUUAUAACAAAUGAACUCAAUAAUUCAUUAAAGAGUUACCUUGCUGCAAUAACAAUUGUACGGAAGGACGAGAGCAAAUUUGCAGUCAGCAGCAUAAUACGUUUUCCCAUGCUGUUCGAGGGUGAGGUAAAAAAACGUGAGGUUGUACGUAUGGAUGAGAGCUUAACGGUUCAUGUUGAUUCCGUGCAUAAUAUUCCUAAUGAGUGGAGAGAACGUUAUCAUUCAUUUUACGUGGCCGUUCACAUUAUGCAUGGUACAGCAGUACUGUGUCCGGGUUACCAGGAAUUACCAAAACCUGUGAUAAACGAUAAUUGUUUCCCUUACUGUCAUACAAAUGUCUGGGUAAGAUUUAACAUACCCAUUUGUAUCCUUCCUCGUGAAACACGUGUAUUUGUUCUUCUUUUUGGAGUGGCUACCCGGGAUGACGAACACUUGGAUAACACUUCUCUCAGUGCACAGAACUGCGCACCAGACGAUGUAUCAAACUCUACUGAAAAAAAGCUAGCUUGUGGAUCUUUUCCAUUAUUUGAUUUUGAAGGAAGGCUGCGCCAAGGAGGCUUAUUUCUUCCACUGGAGGACGUUAAAGGAUCUGUGGUUCAGCCGUGGGGACCUAGACCGCUACUGGAAACUGGAGAUGACUUAGCAGCACUCGUUAUCUUGCCAUCUUUUCCUUACGAAGUUAUUUUUCCGCACGUUGGUUUUGCAGAGAUUAGUAUGAAGAGGGACUUUAAAUCACUUGAUACCGAUACUCAGCAAAGUUUAAUGGACAUUGUUGAAGGAGGCGUUACAAAUAACUUAAGUCAAGAUGAAAAGGAAAUAUUGUGGGAGAAGAGGUAUUAUUUGACGGAAGUUCCAGGAGCUCUGACAUUAGUAUUAGCUUCUGCCAUCGGUUGGGACUGGGCUUCCCUAAAUCACAUUUAUCAGCUAGUUGAUGAUUGGGCUUCCUUAGACCCAGUUCAAGCAGUAGAAUUGUUUCUUCCAAACUUUCCUGACCUGGUCAUACGUAAAAAGGCAAUAGAGUGGUUGAAAACAGCAUCUUCCGAUUUCUUAUUCAACUUCCUACCGGAGUUAGUUGAGGCGCUUCGUUUCGAGACUUUUGAAAAUUCCUCUUUAGCUUCGUAUUUGCUGUCGUUAAGCGCUAGUGAUCGCCGUUUCGCUUUUGAAUUAUACUGGCAAUUACAACAGAGGAUCGACCACUGCGCAGAAAAAUCUUUUGUUUUUCGUUGUGUGCUUCUCCAAAAGCAGAUGUUGGAGUUUCUAGAUAAUACUUUACAAACUGACAUUAAAAAUCAGCAUCGUUUAGUGAAAGCGCUGAAUGCGAUAGCAGCUGAAAUUAAAAGUGAAGGGGGCGAGCCAUCAAAGCUAAUUCACAAUUUACAUGAGAAUCUGGCUCAAUUGGACUCAAGUAUACUAGAGAAUAAUGUUCGUUUACCGAUUUUACCGUCUUUUCUGUGUACUGGCAUCAAUGUUUCCAAAUGCAGUUUUUUCAACUCUUUGACGAAGCCUUUAAGGCUUAGUUUCAAAGGUUUGAAAACGUCAUUUGGUGUUUUGUUCAAGGUUGGUGAUGAUGUCAGGCAAGAUGCUUUAGUUCUGCAACUGGUAAAAAUUAUGAAUGAUAUUUGGCUAAGCCAAGAGCUUGAUCUGAGGAUGAUCAUUUUUCGUUGCGUUCCUGUGGGGCCUAAAAUGGGAAUGAUUGAACUGGUACCGGAGUGUUGCACGCUUUGUGAAAUACAGAGUGCGAUCGGUGCUACUGGUGUUUUCAAGGACGAUAUCUUGAAAAAAUGGUUGGAAAAACAGAACCCAACGGAAUUUCAGUAUAAAAUCGCAUUAGAAAACUUCCAACUGUCGUGUGCGGGUUGGUGUGUUGCAACGUAUGUGCUUGGCAUUGGUGAUCGUCACAACGAUAAUAUAUUAAUAACGAAAACUGGGCAUGUUUUUCAUAUUGACUUUGGGAAGUACAUGGGGGAUUGGCAGAUGGCCGCAGGUUUUAGAAGAGAUCGAACACCAUUUGUUUUUACCGCAGAAAUGGCUUAUGUGAUAAAUGAAGGUUCAUCACAGUCGUCGACUCGUCGUUACCAACAAUUUGUCGACAACUGCUGCAGGGCUUUCAAUACGUUGAGGAAGAAAUAUUCCUUGCUUGUGAACUUAAUGAAAUUGAUGUCCUGUUCUGGAAUUCCUGGAAUGGACACAGAUGCUGUUAGCUUUGUGCAGAACAACCUUUUGCUGCAUCUUUCCGAUACAGAAGCAACUGUCCAGUUAAAUUUUUUUGCGCAUACUCUUGUCCAGCUUAAAAGCGCAUCAUCAAUUAUUCGCAACUCAGUUGAUGAUCCGAAUAAACUUUCUUUUGUUCCAGAGUUAUAUAACGAGCAGACUGACGGGAGAAUAGCAACGGUUACGGUACUUGCCUACGAGAAGUGGCGCAUCCCAGAAAAAAUGUACAAACUGCUUGUAAAACGAGAUUAUGAGACUGUAAGUAGCGUUGUUUAUCGAUCGUUUGAUGAAUUUAAUGAGCUCUACAUAAAACUUUGUCGAAGGUUUACUAUUGCACGGUUACCUCCGUUAUCUCGAGGGACUGGUGUAGGUCGUUCAAAUAUUCGUUCCGUCGCGGAAAGACGACGUCCAGAGAUUCAGCAGUUUCUCUCUUUGCUUUUUGACAAUCACCCUGAAGUUGCUCACUGCGAUUUGGUGUACACAUUUUUCCACAUGAUUUUUCGCGAUAGUGUUCCUGAAGAGUCAAAUCGUCUUUCUCAAAUUGACGGUAAAGACCAGAAUAGCAAUCGAAUUCAUAAUUUCUUCACGGGUCGGAUCUUUCUUCGCAUUAGUUUCAGCAAACAGAGGUUGAUCCUCAGUAUUUUCGUUGGCCAUGUUGAAGACCUUCAAACUGUAAAUGGGCAACCUCCAGACUCGUAUUUAAAUCCAAGAAUGCAGAGGUCAACAAAAAGGAAAACUCGCGUGAUCAAAAACACCCAGAUGCCCAUUUUCAAUGAGGAGCUAACUUAUCAGCUAAGUCCAAACUAUAGCUUGAAGGACCAGACCUUAGAUGUUUCUGUGUGGAAUUGUGGUUCAAUUGUGGGUGAAAAUUCGAUGAUUGGCACUCGGUGCAUUCCACUGAAACUUCUGGAUGAGGCCCCCGUGGAUAGGAAGGGAAUUAAAUGUUACGAAGGGUGGUUCUCCUUAAAUAGAUAA